AUGGCGAUCUUUACAUUAAUUUAUUUUCUGAUACUAGAAAGGGUAAAGUUCUCCUUUCUUCAGGAUUAUAAUUAUAUAGAACUGGAAUCAAUGCUCAAAUAAUUCUUCAACAAACUCUAAGACCUCUACAGUCAGUCUCUCUUUUCAAUGUAUAAAAUUUUGUGUUAUGGAAAUAGUUUCAUGAUGUUGCUGGUUACCUACUUCUCAGACAAAAUACACAAAGAAGGAGAAUAUGUAUUGCUCAUAACACGUGCACUAAACAACCAUUAAUUCACAAUAGAGACUCCUAUGAGUAAUGAUACCAAUUUCAUUCAAGUGCAAUUUGGAAAUAGUGUAAAUUUGUAUUAUUCAUAUUGGAAUUUAAAAUCUGCAAUCUUACUUAGCCAGCCUACAAUUAUUUAUCAAGUGCAUAAUACUUGGCUAGAGAUAGAUGCAGAAUUAAUUUGGUCGAAAACUCUAACCCUGAGAGAAGAAUAUGUGAAAACCAAACAUUAUAAAUUGUUCCUAUUAAAUAUGUCUUGUGAAGAUUAUAUUAGAACUGAUAUCAUUAUACAUUAGACGCUGUUUUGGCAUACUUUAAGUGAUGUACUGAUGUUCAAAUUAUUGACCAAAUUAGACUGA